GGCACAUAACCAUUACAAACUAUUUGUUGAACUAUUUUCCUGGGCUUGAUAUCGAGAAGAGGAAUGUGUUCGGAUUCACAGCACUGAUGAAGUCUGCGAUGCAGGGCCGAACUGAAUGUGUGAAAGCCUUGAUGCUGGCAGGGGCAAACGUUCAUGCGACUGACCCAAGCCGUGGACUGACUUCAUGGGAAUGGGCUUGUUACACAGGAAGAUCAGAAUCUGCCUUCAUCAUGCAAAAGCUGAUGGACAGGCCAUGCCCAGAACAGCUUUGCGAUCAAUAUAAACCGGAAUGGCCAAAGAUGAAGGAACUUCUUGCCAAGGCUGCGGAGCCGAAAAGCUGUUUGCAGAGGUUUUCUGAGUGCAUGAGGGCAGCUAUCUCAUUCCGGUAUUUCUAUGGCCCAGAAGAAGGCGGGGUCCUUGACCACAUGGUGAAGGUGACAACAAGCUUGCGCAGUCCUUUCAUUGCUCUGUCGUGCCGGACUGUGUGCCCAGGCAGCCCCCCUUCGGUGGGGAAACGCAGACUGGCUGUGCAAGAAAUCCUUAGGCAGCAGAGAGCCGAGGAGAUCCGCUCUCAGGACAAAGAUCACGUUAGCAGCUACGAGAAGCUAUUUCAGAACUCCAAAGUCACGCUGAUCCCCAAGAAGAAGGACCGGCGAGCCAGCCUGCAGCCCAUCAGCCUUGCAGUCUCUCAAGCGAACACCAUAGCCACUAGGAAAGCAAGCCUCUUGCCACUCCACCUGCUUAGACGGAGCAGUGUCAGGCCAGGGUUUGUAAUCCCCAAAGUCCGAAUCAGCAAGGCUCCUCCACCCACCUUCCAGCCAGAAAAGGCAAGAAGGAGGAGCAGUGCAAAGGAUGACCCCUACCUGCAGAUUCCCAAGUGGAGGUACAAGGAGCUAAAAGAGGAGCGGAAGAAAGCAGAGGAACAGGAGAAGAAAAAAGCAGCAGAGGCUCAAAAGCUGAAGCAGGUGUCUCCUGCCAGAUGCAGGACCUGA